AUGAGCGCUGUGCUGGCAGAGCUGAAGGUGGAGCAGAGACACACGACGACUGCAGUGAGCAGCAUGGAGAGCAGACUGAGAGCCAGUGAGAGUCAAGUGGAGGAGCUGAGGAAGAAGGUUCAAGAUAUGCAUGGAGAGCAGACUGAGAGCCAGUGAGAGUCAAAUAGAGGAACUCAAGAGGAAGAAUGAAGAGGAACUGAAAGACUUGAAAACCUCAUUCGACAGCCAGGUGGAGAACCUGAAAAUGGAUUAUCAAGCUCAAGCAGUGAAUCAGAGUGUCAUGGAAGCAAGAUUUGGGUCUGAACUGGAGGAAAUGAAGACGAAAAAUAAUGAGGAACUGAAAGACCUGAAAAGCUCUUUCAAGAUCACAGAAGGCCAAGUGAAGAACCUGGACAAAGAGAAUCAAGAGAGAAAAGUGGCGUUUUCAGCGUCACUCUCAGCAGGUGGAUCUGGUCAUACUGGACCAUACAGCACUUUAUUUCCUCUGGUCUACAAACACAUCUUCACCAACAUCGGCAAUGCUUAUAAACCAGCUACAGGAAUUUUCACUGCACCUGUGAGAGGAGUCUACCAGUUCAGAUUCCACAUCCACGGACAGAGUGGAAGAGCUGUAGCAGUGGAAUUACAUAAGAAUGGACACCACAUAGCUGGAACAUUCGCUGAUCAAUCCCAGGGCAGCGUGAGCUCCUCUAACGGAGUUUCACUCUUACUGGAAGUCGGAGACGUCGUCUCUAUUAAACUACACCAUCAUUCAUGGGUAUUCGAUGAUUGGUUACAUCACAGCACCUUUAGUGGUCACAUGCUGUUUUCUGUUUGAGAAGCUCAUCUUUUCUCUGGAAAAGAGAAGCGAAGAGAAAUUGUGUUUCCAUGAAUUGUACGUAGAUGAAACAGUGUACUCAUUAUUGUUUAUCGUGUAUUUUUCUUAUUUAUUUCUCAUUUCCAGCUGUUCUAUAUCAUGAUUUUUACUCCCUGAUAACAGAUUUUUUUUACAGUCUGUUAAGCCAGUUUAACGUGUUCUUCUUGUCCUGUCACUGUCAAAGGAAUUCACCU